CUCCAUAUUUGAUGCGAACUAGUCUUGUGGUGUUCACCUGCAGAGCUAUCAGCUUGUCCACUCAGUUCGAGAAGUUCGAGAGGCCUUUGUUGUGUACCGAACUGAGUGGACAAGCUUGAAGUUUCCGAUCUCCUGACAGGGACUCUACGGGAAAUGAAGCCAUAUAUCAACUCUGAGACCGACGUUUCCUCUCUCUCACCUAAUCGAAACUAAGAGAUGUUUCUACUGAUAAUCAGGCAGAAGCAGAACAUCUUUCCGCCAUUGUCCCGUUCUUCUCCAAGCUCGGCAUUACGUCCAGUGACGUUGGUAUUAAAAUUUCAAAUCGCAAGGUGCUACAGGAGUUCCUUGGACGCAGUGUGAUCCCAGAAAGCUCUUUUGCGGCUGUAUGUGUUAUUGUCGACAAGAUUGAGAAGAUACCAAGAGCAGAGGUAGAGAAAGAGUGAACAGCGUUGGGUCUUCCCGCGGAAGCUGUGGAUACAAUUCUACGGGCUCUCACAGGUUACGUUCACUUGAUGAUCUUGAAGAACUUUUAGGGUCAGACAACGAAGCAGUCGUAGAAUUGAAGCAACUUUUUGAAUUGGCUCGAGGAUAUGGUUUUGAAGACUGGCUGCAGUUUGCUGCUUCUGUGGUCCGAGGUCUCGCAUAUUACACAGGAACAGUCUUUGAGGCCUUUGACAGGACAAGGAGUCUACGUGGAAUUUAUGGAGGGGGCAGAUAUGACAAACUUCUGUCUACAUUUGGGCGAGUAAACACUCCUGCCUGUGGAUUUGGCUUUGGGGACUCAGUUAUUGUCGAGAUGGGACAGCUCCUGCUUCAACUAUGCACAAUCUUCCUGCGUUCCUGGUAAUUGCUCAUGAUCAGUUUAUGAGCAGAGUACUGUGGGUCGCUCCUCUUGCACCGCGCUAGUCUCAUGCCCAGCACGCACAUGCACUGAAGUUGUUGUUCUGCGAGGGAAAGUUCAGAUUUCUCUGAGUGAAGGCGGCGUGUGAGGAGGGGGACUCUUUUAGGCUCGGAUUCAAUUUGCCUGCGCAUGCCAAGGAGCAAUCGGUUCUUCUUCUCUGAAAGUGAAGGGCAGAAUGGAAGGAGCCCGUGCGUCCAUGCUCAGUCCCGCGGCUGAACUUGCCGCAUGGGGAAUGUACUCCGCAGAGGAAGAAACUGAGUUUCCUCGUCUUGGACAGUGGAAGGAAACUGAGUCUCCUUCCGAUGUCGAAGACCUUAUACGCCGUCUGGGAGAGAAAAACUGGUCAUACUGGAGUACGAGAGAUUCGACUCAUUCAUACGUGGCCCAAUACCCCACAUUAAGCCAUCCAGAACUUGAGGAUUUCAAACAAUACUGCAUAGUAGGGCAACCAGAAGUUAAGGAUUUCUUCCGGGCGGAUGCAACGCUUUCGACGAACAUAGAGUGGCGAUGCCAAGUGCGCCUUCGAGUGCUGGAGGCAAUCGGUAGCUACAUCAGCAGUUUUGACGAGCUGGACCCAAAAAGAAUUUCUGGCCAUAAUAUAUCGACGUUGACCGCUAGCGAGUGGGAGGUAGUGUUGAGAGGUUUUAGGUCCAGCAGCGUUCUACGAUGGAUGAUAAUUGAUGAACUGGAUUGGAGGUCCGAAGCGGAUUUGGAGAGCUUGGGUUUACAGCUGGGGAUAAUUCUGAAUACCUCUAGUGUAACGGAUUUGAGAAUAGUUGAUUUGAGCAGAUUGACUGCGAGAUUUUUCUUGAAUCUCGCAUCAGGACUGCGAGAAAAUUCCCACUCGAAACUCAAGUCUAUACAACUAGGUCGCGACUGGGGGAACGCAAACGCGGUGAGGUUUUUCGUUGAGGUGUUGAACGGUCAGCAUCAAUUAGAAACUUUGAGUUUAGGCUCCAAAUGGGAUUGUUAUAGAGAAGACUACGUGGACGAGGCGGCCAUUCGGCUAGUGUCCCAGGCUUUGAAGCAGAACUCGUGUUUAAAAGAAUUGGUUUUGCAAGGAUUGGAGGGUGGAUGUGCCGCCUUAUUGUUGAACGCAUUGGCCGGAGAUGAUGGCAACCGAUCGAUUGAGCAACUUAAGCUGAAACGCAUGUCUGGAAUCGGGAAAUGUUUAGCAGAAGUUUUCAUUUCCAAUCGAUCAUUGAGGGUAGUGACGUUGCGCCGCAUCGACAUGCAUGUGGAGGAAUGGCGCUUGCUAGGCCAAGCGAUACGUGACAAUGCCACAGCGACAACUGUUGACGUAGGGGAUUAUGGAUUUGGAAUAUCUCGUUUGAAGGAACUAGAAGAGUUUUCGCGCGCUGCUAGCUCCGAAGGGAAGGAACCCUCGUUGCAUCUUGAAACGUGUUAAGAUGAAGUUGAUAUAAUGUCAGCGCUAAAUUUUUUAGAUUUUUUAGGUAGUGUACUGCGAGGGGAAAUCAAGUCUGUAAAAUCUCUUAGUCUACAGUUAGAUUUAAUCACUCUAUUUCGCGCAAUCGAUCUAUAUCGCGCAACGAGUAUAGAAGAUAUUCUUCCGAUCAAUAGAAUAACUGGAGAAACUUCACGUCUGAAGAGACUGCACUUAAAGUUAGGGUAUAGAGGUAUGGCGUUGUGUAAGCAUCUGUUUCAGUGCUUGCGCUGGAACACAAGUGUCACUAGCUUGUCUUUGGAUUUCAAUCCAUACGAAGAAGAUAUAAGAGGUACGGAGAAGUUGUUCAGGGACCUGAUGGCGCUGUUGCAAGUUAACUUGACUCUCGAGGAAAUAGAUCUCCCCAAGACCGGGUGGGCAAGGUACGGGUGGGCAAGGGAAGGAAAGGCGGCGCUGAUUGAAGCGGCCCUCAAGCAGAACCGGGAGCGGGCCGUGUACAUGUCAGUAUUCACUGAAGCCAAAUUACAAUUGGGAGAUGCAAAAGCUGGUCGACUCUUCUUAUGCGGCUCUCCUAGAGCAGGCAAGACUCAAUUGCGUCGAACUCUGAUGAAGAUAAUUCAAGACAAGAGCUGGUUUGGAGAGAUAUUGGAAGACUUGUCAAGAACCAAAGGCAUUGAGGUGGAGUUUUUGCAGAACGAUGACAAAAUGCAAAUCUCAAUAUGGGAUCUUGCUGGACAACGGAUUUUUCGUACCCUUCAAAAUGUACUUUUCCCUAAAACCAACAACUUUUGUGUUUUUCUCUUCAUCUAUAGCCCGAUCUCUCAGGAAACCCUCAAACCAGACUCUUGUCUCCGGAUUGAGUUGGAAGGCUGGCUGACUUUCAUUGCAUCCAGCACGAAAGUCACGGGCCAUAAUCUUCCACAAGUUCUUGUUGUGAUUUCACACAAGGAUAAGAUGGCAUCCAGCUCUUUGACUUGGGCUAACUCCAUAGUAGAAUUACUCAGAAAAAGAUUUGCAAACUAUGUGGAUCUUCGCCCUUUUCAAGACUUUCUUUAUGUGGAUGCUCGGGACAAGAAUCAAGUGAUUCCUCUCAAAGAGCACGUUUUUUUCAUCUUUCAGGAGUUGUUGAGUCAAAAAUCUCCCCGGGUUCCCCAAUUGUGCUAUAAACUCUCUUCCCUUCUGCUUUCAAACAUUGAUGAGAACAAAACUUGCCCCCUUUGGUCAUUGAAAAAGUUUCAUAAUUUCUGUUAUCCCAGCUUGAAACAACUCAAUCUACCAUCUUCUGUUGAUCAUUUAAGAUUAUUAAACUCCCUCCUAUCCUACUUAAAUGAUGUUGGAUCCAUCAUUUAUAUUCCCAACUUUGAUCACAUCGUUGUGGAUCCGAACUGGCUUACAAAUUCAGUUUUGGGCGAGCUGAUAGUUAUGGGUCAACACUUUCAAGCUCAAGGGUCCAAUGCCUAUGAGAAAACUAUGUCAAGUGACACAUACACAAGCAAGGACGGAUUUGUGAGCGAGAGUGUCUUCGUUCGAUUGAUGGAAACGUUUCUGGCAAAGCAACCACGCCUUCAAGAUGUUAACAUAGAGAUCCUUGAAAAGAUUCUUUUCAAUUUAGAUUUGGGUUUCAAGCUCAAAGAUUCUUCUCAAUAUUUCAUUCCCUCCUUCAUCCCUGAGUAUGCAAGCAUGGAAGAACAGAAGCAGCAAGAAGGGGCGCGCGUGGUGUCGAUGUCAUGGGACUCUCCGGCUGCCGACCAUCCAAAGUUUGUCGGCAUUCGGAUUCAAUGCAAAGAUCCAAAAACAAUGUCAUUGUCUGCUGCGUUUUUUCCACGUUUUCAGAUGUUCAUGAGACGCAAGUUGAUAUCCAAGAUGUCUGUGUCCAUGGAGACUGUGACAUUCUCUCGAAAUUAUCUGAAACUUUUUCUUGAUGGUCACGAGAUUUAUGUGGAGCACGUUCAGAGUGAAAAGUCUCACUAUUACGUAGAUGUUCUGAUGUUAUGCUCUGAGCAUAAGUCAAAGGAGGCGGCCAUCAAAUAUGUUCUGGACAAUAUUGUCCAGGAGUUGAUAGCAUUUUGCGCAACACCCAAUGGCUGUCCUGGCGUGGCGUUAGUGCUCGGCGUUAUCCAAACAAUUUGCGUGGAGGAGCUGAUUUCGAGUCAUCUCAGAGGAGCCAUUCUGAUUGAGGAGCUCAAAUCAGAGUUAUCUAAUAGCAUCAAUGACAAACUUGGGGAUAUUGCGUUGGAUAGUCUGCAAUUGGUGAAGGAGGAAAAGUUGCUCAACUAUGAGCAUACUUGGCCCCCGAUUCAAGCUUUGCAUUUAAUCCCAACAUUCGAACGGGCUACGAAUCUGUUGUGGGAGAGAGAUGUGGAAGCGGUUCUGAAUGAGAUCAACCUUAAGCGCAGUCAACAACUGGGGUCAUUGCAGCAAAGCUUCAUCAGCUUGAACAAUGUUUUGGCUCAGUCUCAUCCUGACUGCGAGAGCACGUUUAGCAACUCAAGUUUACCUCACAUAAAAGACUGCAAUCAAGCUUCAGCCAGCUGCUGGAGCCAGGCCAGCACAAGUGAGGACACCCAACUUAUUAUUUUGUCCGAGAUCCACAGAAUGCAUGAGACAGUGAGAUCAGUGGAUGAGACAGUGAGAUCAAUGAAGAGCAUUGUGCAGGUGCAACAACAACUACAGUCAACAUUCACAACAUUCAUGUAUAAAGUUGACAGGAUCAUCGGGUAUUCAGAAUCGCAUCAGCAGUCUAAAAUGCCCAAGCGACCUUACAUCACGGACGAUGUUGGCAUUUUCUAUAAGAUGAGUGCAAAUCUGCAUAUGGGAAAAGCCCUUCGAUUACGCUUGAUGUGUGAGUCCAUCACUGGGUUUCACCCAGUCAAAGGUCAAAAAGGAUUGAAGCUGCGUGUGGAUCUGAAGAAUAGCGGGUGGAUUGCAAGGAUUAUUGACAUUUCAUACAAAUUCCUGUAUUAUGGUGUUAAGGCUGGGACCCUCCUCUGGUUAGGCAAAGCUAUUCCGCAGUGGGAUGAUUUACAAACCGAUAUUGUUAGGCUAAAAAGUAUUAGUGAAAUUGAUUGUUUGGCAAUUCAUAAUGGUGGGCAUAGCGUGAAGCUGAACGAAGCAUGGUUGAGGAUUCAGCAAAAUCUUGCGCCUCUGCUAAAAGAUAACUAUUCCAAAAUCUUCAAGUUGUAUCAGGUGAAGUACUUGAGACAACAAAAUGGUGGGCAUGCAUGGGUAUGCGAGGAGUGCAUGAGAAAAGGGAGUCUUUAUGGAAGUUUGACAUGUUGAGAUAUUCAAGAGGUUAGAAUGUCAUUAUGCAAUUGACAAGCAUAUGUUUAGACCCUCCUGCAAUAUAAACCUUUGGAUGAUCUUCCUUAUAG